AUGGCUUAUGAUGACUCCAAGAAGAAAGAAGAGUUCCUAGAGAGUGACCGAAGUGUUGAUGACGUGGGGCUGGCAACUGGCAGGAUACAGCAAGAGAAAAAACGCUCUUACAAAGAUCUGCUGCAAGAGGAAGACGAGAUAGCAACUCAGGUCAGGAAGCCCUCAGAGAAAAGGUUGAAGGACAGUGAGCUUUUUCCAGGGACAGAACCUCACAAAAAGAAGAGAAAGCACUCCUCGGAUGAGUUCUGCUACAGAGGUGUUUCGCCUUUGGAUCUACCAUCAAAGAAGAAGAAAAAAGCAGUUUCUAGCCCAUCCUCAGCCGAUACAACCAUGGAUUUACUCAAGGCUAUCACCUCACCUUUGGCCACAAGCUCGAAGUCUUCAAAGAAGACCUCUGAAAAAUCGUCUUAUUCUUCCUCUGGCCAUUCUGAAAGCAAAAGGGAGCACCACAAGAAGAAGCUGAGUGGGAGCAGUGGGGAGCACUCAGUGGAUGAUGGCAGCUUCCACAAAUCUAAAAAAAUGAAACCUCUCUACGUGAACACAGAGACACUUACUCUUCGUGAACCUGAUGGCUUGAAGAUGAAGCUCAUCCUUUCACCAAAAGAGAAAAGUAGUGCAGCAGAUGAUGAUUCUUUCUCCUACUCUUCAGCACCAGCAGCUGCAAAAAAAUCUUCAAAGAAAUCGGAUGAGCAAGCAUUCCUUCUGGGUCACGAACUGCAGAGCUUUCUGAAGUCAUCCCGGAAGAAGCACAAACCACCUCCAGAUCCACAUCCACCUUCUGAGAGUUUUGGUGCUGACACCUCCCUUUUUUCAGAGGGCCAUGGGAGCGAGUAUGAGAUUUCAGGUAUGGAGGCACCGCCAGAAUCUGGUUCCUCUUCUGGUGGGGAGUUGGAGGCUGGAGAGCUAGUGAUAGAUGACUCCUACCGGGAAAUCAAGAAGAAGAAGAAGUCAAAAAAAAGUAAGAAAAAAAAAGACAAGGAGAAACACAGAGAGAAGAAGCACUCUAAGUCUAAAAAGAGUUCUGGGCAUGCUCCUGUGGCAGUAGCAGAAGUAACAAUGUCACCACCACCUCCUCCCAGUACGCCCUAUGUUCUUCCUUCACCUCCUCCUCCUGUUUUUCACUCAGAUGGUCAAGGUGAGAAGAGGAGGAAAAAGGAAGACAAGGAGAAGGACAAAGAAAGAGAAAGAGAAAAACCAAAGAAGAAAAACAUGUCUGCCUAUCAAGUGUUCUGUAAGGAGUAUCGUACAACUAUUGUGUCUGAGCACCCUGGAAUAGAUUUUGGAGAGCUAAGUAAAAAACUGGCAGAAGUGUGGAAGCAGCUACCUGAGAAGGAUAAACUGAUCUGGAAACAGAAAGCUCAGUAUCUCCAACACAAGCAGAAUAAAGCAGAGGCCACCACUGUGAAGAGAAAGGCGUCAUCUUCAGAUGGUGCACCAAAAAUAAAAGCUUCUCCAACAGGAGUGAUUUCCCCUCAUAAGAAAUCCCCCACCAGCACCGUGGUGGUGUCUUCCUCACCAGCCAAAGUCCCUGAGACAGAUCCUAUUGAUGUAGCUGCACACUUACAGCUGCUGGGUGAAUCUCUGAGCCUUAUUGGACACAGACUGCAGGAAACAGAGGGAAUGGUGGCUGUUUCAGGAAGUUUGUCAGUACUUCUGGAUUCAAUCAUCUGUGCUUUAGGCCCGUUAGCAUGUCUGACCACGCAACUACCUGAGUUGAAUGGCUGCCCUAAGCACGUUUUGUCAAACACACUAGACAACAUCGCCUACAUCAUGCCUGGACUUUGAUGGGAAAGGAUCCUAGGAUGUACUCAACCUCUGCGUAACUGACUUGUGUACAUAUGCACUACGCCGGCACUCCUGAAGGGCUCCGUGUGUAGGGUUUUAAAGUUUUAUAUCUGUAUAGUAUAUACAUAGGA